AUGGCAGCUGCCGCCGGGGGCACGGACGACGAGCCGCGCUCGGGCCGCUCGAGCUCGGAUGGCGAAUAUUCUAUUGUGGCUGAAGCUCUAAAGAGGCUGAGGGACUCAGCCAAUGCCAAUGAUGUGGAAACAGUGCAGCAGCUGUUGGAAGAUGGCGCGGAUCCCUGUGCAGCUGAUGAUAAGGGCCGCACAGCUCUACACUUUGCCUCUUGCAAUGGCAAUGACCAGAUUGUGCAGUCACUCCUGGACCAUGGGGCAGAUCCCAACCAGCGAGAUGGGCUUGGGAACACACCGCUACACUUGGCGGCCUGCACCAACCAUGUUCCUGUCAUCACCACACUAUUACGAGGAGGAGCCCGUGUAGAUGCCCUGGACCGGGCUGGCCGCACACCCCUGCACCUGGCCAAGUCUAAGCUAAACAUCCUGCAGGAGGGCCAUUCCCAGUGCCUGGAGGCUGUGCGGCUGGAGGUGAAGCAGAUCAUCCAUAUGCUCAGGGAAUACCUGGAGCGCCUAGGGCGGCACGAACAGCGGGAACAGCUGGAUGACCUCUGCACCCGCCUCCAGAUGACAAGCACCAAAGAGCAGGUGGAUGAAGUGACUGACCUCCUGGCCAGCUUCACCUCCCUCAGUUUGCAGAUGCAGAACAUGGAGAAGAGGUAGCAGGAGAGGCUCCUGCCUUCCUGCUCUGCCACUGUCCCCCACCCCAUCCCCACUGCUUGCUCUCAUUACAAAGAGAAAGCCCAAUGUCUGGGACUUUGGAGCUACACUUGUCUGGUGAGGACCUCGCCAUCACCCCCAGAGGCUGUGGGGCAGAGACACACUCUCCAUGACUUCAGAGCCACUCCCAGCCAUGGUCUCCAACAUCUCUGUGGGCCAGGACCAUAGCCCUAACUUCUUCCUCUGGUUCCCGCAGCAUUCGGCCAGCCUGUGCAGCCACACUUCAGCCCUGGCCAAUAUGCACUGUCUUAGCAGGCCUCCCUCGUCCCAUGGCCUCCCUGGCUCCCUCACCAGGUCCCAGACCCUCCUCUGUGUGGGCUUACGCAGGCCCCCUCUGGCCCAGGUGGCUGCUCGGGGGGUGGCCCUUGUGGCUGGCCCUGCACCUCUCACCAGCACUUAGAUUUAGACUUGUCACCUGAUUUGCAAGGAGACACUGCAGGGAGUUUCUCUUGUUGGAAGGGGAGGGUUGGUGAAACCUAGACCUUAAAAAUCAAAGCGAAGAAGGACCCUGCUGAACCCAAAGCAAACAGUCUCCAACCCUUUUUCUCCUAAUUAUUGAAAUACGAGGAGAGUGUAACAGUUUUGCAGCCUAGUUGUAGUAGGCUGUGUGUGGCCCCCCCAAGAUGUCCAUGUCCUAACCCCAGGAACCUUAUAUGGCAAAAGCAGCUUUGCAGAUGUAAUUAAGUUAGGGAUUUUUAGACAGGGAGAUUAUCCUGGAUUAUCCAGGUGGGCCUGAUGUACUCACAGGCAUACUUAUAAGAGGGAAACAGGAGGAUUGGCCAGUUAGCUCACUUGGGAGAGCAUCAUGAUAGUAACACUCAUGGGUUCAGAUCCCCGUGCUGAC